ACAAUACAUUAGGCCCCUCCAUUAGUACAGGUAUGGUAUGGUAUGCAUUGUACCUUGCUAGGCAGGCAUAAACACAAAACCAUUCAUGCGGGAAUAGGUCGAUUCUCCUAUUUUUUCUCCCCCCUCGAGUUGAAACUUCACCUAAGCCCUUGUUCAUUUUACCUUUCGACAUCGUCAUCAGCCGCAACGCCGCCCCUAAAAUACGACAUAGCCUUCUUGGCUUUUGUUUCCCUCCUCGUAGCCAUAAAAAAAUGGCAUUAUUCGAGAAGCUAGAUGUUAAUCCCGACAAGGUGCCCAACGCCAAACUUGGCCUCCAUAUCUUCCAAGCCGUCCUCGGCGUAGUAAUAUUCAUCCUCGAGAUCGUCUUAUUUCGAGCCAAAGAUUCACUCAUCAAUGGCAACGAUGGAUGGCCCUUUGGCCUGUGUUUUCUAUCUAUCCCAGCCUGGAUAUACCUAGGCCUAGCGCCGCGAUUCGAACGAACUCGGAAAGCUGCCCAACCGCAUGCAAUGGUCGUUAUUGACACAAUCUUCACCAUUUUCUGGCUCUCUGCUUUCGCUAGUCAAGCGGCAUAUAAUACAGCCAACUCAUGCGGGGAAGGUUGCGCCGUUAGCAAGGCUAUUGUCGGAAUUGCCUUCUUUGAAACGUUAGCAUGGGCUGCAUCCACAGCUGUUAGUGUAUACACUUUGAGAUACUACCAGCGUACCGACAGUCUACCCGGCUACGAAAACAUCGGGACCAGCCAGAACAUCGAUCCCGACAAGGCAGCAUUCUCGAUGGCCCCGCACGACGAGGAAGCCUAUGCGCCCGUACAGAUGGAUGACCACCACGAUGACGAUCAUCACGCCGGUGCUUAUGACCCGGAUUCGUUCGGUGGUCGAUUCGAAAACGACACCGCAUACCGACCACACAGCACUUCUCCGGCCCCUCUCGAGAACCCCUUCGAUACCUACAGAACGCACAGCACAUCGCCUGCGCAGAGCGAUCUGUACGGUGACCCCUACGGCUCGCAAACAUCCAGGCCUCACAUAUAUGCCCCACCUGCGGCUGAUGAAUACGACGACGACAGGCCGGUGCAAUUCCCCAGCGCGAACUACGACCGGACGUUGCAUUAAGCUGUGUUUUUCUUGUCGGCGUAACGAUUUCCUGUUCCCGAGGAUGCGCUUGGGAGCUUUAUGACGAUCCUGGGAAAGUUCAAACCCCUCUAGGUAUAUAGGAUAAGAGAGUCGUUUGGGAUGAGGUGGCUGGCUAAUACGAAAAAAAAAGAGGAGAAAGAACUUCACGACGGUGAUCGGUGUUCCGGAUGCCUAUUUCAUUGUGGUACUUGGGGAUACCAGGAUAGUGCCUACGGUUGUUGCGUUUAUGUUUUUGUGUUCCGAUAGCAUAGUGUGCGAAUAGACCUUGCAGGGAAGGGUACCUACAUAUUGGCUUUGUAUCAC